CUUUUCCUUAUUUUUUCACUUAGGCAUUGCAGCAUCUAAACAAACAGAAAAACAUGUAUUUGGUACCGCUUUUUGUUAUAUUCCUUUGCAUUGUUUACUUUCCGCGUCACAACAUUCUCGAUAUGCUCAGUAUGGUACUGGCGCCAUUGCGACUCAUAGCAUAUGCGGCCAUGCUAUUAUACCCAAGGUGCAACAACCCUCUAUUAUCUUACAAUUGUUGUAUAUGGCUUCCGCCAGUACUUGCUUCUUUUUUUCACGACGGAGUUAGGAUGUACAUUCUUUUCAAAUCCCCAAGUGGCCGUCCAUUACCAGUCCCAUACGACACCGAGCUGUUCCAACUAAAAACAGCGUUGACCUGGCUCGCCAUCAUGAUCGUGUAUUGGAAAAAUGCAGCUGUGCUACAACAGGCCCUGUUCGAUGUCACGAUUGGUUACACGAAAGAGCAAGAUAAUUUCGUGGAUACAAUAUUCAUGAUGCUUCUUAUGCCUUUCUUUCCUCCUCUUAAAAUCUUCUUUUACGUGAUCGAAUCGGUAGUGUCAUCAACGUCUUCGAGUGCAUCGUGGACUCUUGUGGCUGAACAGCAAGAUGUAGGACCACCACUUCUCAUGUUAUGUUCUCUUGCAAUGCUCCAACCUGUCAGCUCUGGAUUUCGCGCUCUCUUUCUUCUCCUACUAGAACACCAGCACGACUUAAUUCGCUGGACACCUAUCAAAAAUAUCUUGUUUACGGCAGUUUGCUACAGCAUUAUACAUUGUGAAGCCGUUGUUACUUCCUGUUUAGUUGGUGAAAUUACCGAUUUUCCGAUGUCUAUCAUAGAUAUGGCACUUCAAACAGAGUAGCAGAAUUAAAAACAUAUAACAAAGUAAAACAAAAGUAAACUGACAAGGUCUACUAAUGCGAUGCAUAAUAUUUGAAAAAAUGUGCCGCCAAUAAGUGCUCCGGCAACCGAUGAUCGAUGAGAUUGACGGCGGUUCUCGAAAGGCUUGAACGGCAACAGCAAGAUGACAGCUAGGAAUCAGGAAAUGA